AUGGUUCAGAACGGAGGAGACUUCGACCUCGACAUCGACAUGGCUACCGACGUCACGGCCGAACAGCUGCUCACUCAGCUUGGUCAACUCCAGCAGCGGAUCCAGGAGUUGGACCAGAGAGACAAGGCUGCUCAAGCUCGAAUCAAGGAACUCGAGAAUCGCGAAAAGUACUCGCAGAAGUUGAACGUCACCGAAGUAGCAGCUACGAGCUACGAAGACAAGGAUAGUGACACGGACAGUCUCGGACACGACGGCAACGGUAAAGACGAACAAGCACCGUACUCCGAACUGGUCACUGUGGACCUAGAGACAGGUCUUGCCGAAUGGGACAUGGCAGGAGAGUAUACGCCGCCAAUUUCGAUUCUCCCAACCUUGAGGCAGUGGGGUUUUACAAGCGAUAAGAUGAAGGACGAAAUGAGGGAACUCCGACGUAUCGUGGAAACCAUCAAAGGGGAACAGCCUGUGACAUAUGAUGGGCCCGAUAGCUACGCCGAGCACUUUGACGAUCAGCAACUUAGCCACGACGUACGGAACCCCGAAUACCAGUUCAUGCGCGCGAACCGCGGAAAAGACGAACCACUGGAGUACCUAUGGUCCACGUACAAUGGGAAGGAUUUGGGAAAGAAUUCUAAUACCUCCCGGGCGACGCCACGCGACUGUACCCUCGACAUGAGGCACAUGCGCAAGUGCCCUGGUUCCAGUGUGUGGCACACGAAUGCCGAUACCACUUCCGCGACAAAUUCGAAAACAACCACUGGCCGACCCGACAGGAGAACGGGAACGGAGGCUUGUGCCCUGUGGAAUGGGUCUACGAUGUAG